UCUCUUGUUUUCAGAGAAGUUCCUGGGAGACCAGCGGCUCAGCUAUGGACAGCCCCUCACGCUGACCUUCCAGGUGCCCCCCGGGGGGUCCCCGCCCCCCGUGCAUCUGAGGCUGGAAGGGGCAGGCUUGGCCCUGUCUCUGAGGCACUCCAGCGUGUCCAGCCCCCAGGACGCCGGGGAGGCCCAGCUCAGGUUCCUCCUGCAGGAGACCUCCGAGGACGUGGACCCUCCGCUGCCCGCCUUCCACUUCCAGCGGCUCCUCACCAACCUGACCAGUCUCCGUGUCUGUGCCGGCCGCCGCAGCCCAGGCCCUGCCGGCCAGGUGUUCCUGACCGAGGUCCAGCUCACAUCCGCCCGGUGGGGGCUGUCCCCCCCGGCCUCCUGGGUGGAGACCUGCUCCUGUCCCCAGGGCUACUCAGGCCAGUUCUGUGAGUCCUGUGCUCCAGGAUACAAGAGGGAGACCCCCCGAGGGGGUCCCUAUGCCAACUGUGUGCCCUGCACCUGUAACCAGCAUGGCACCUGUGACCCCAACACAGGGAUCUGCGUGUGCGGCCACCACACCGAGGGCCCGUCCUGUGAGCGCUGCAUGCCUGGAUUCUACGGCAAGCCCUUCACGGGCCAAGCUGACGACUGCCAGCCCUGCCCCUGCCCCGGGCAGUCAGCCUGCACGACCGUCCCGGAGAGCGGGGAGGUGGUGUGCACCCACUGUCCCCCGGGCCAGAGAGGCCUGCGCUGCGAGAUCUGUGAUGAUGGCUUUUUUGGGGACCCCCUGGGGCUCUCCGGGGCCCCCCAGCCCUGCCGGCAGUGCCAGUGCAACGGAAACGUGGACCCCAACGCCGUGGGCAACUGCGACCCCCUGUCCGGCCGCUGCUUGCGCUGCCUGCACAACACGACGGGGGACAGCUGUGAGCGCUGCCAGGACGGCUUCUACGGGAGCGCCCUGGCCCCUCGGCCCGCCGACAGAUGCCCGCCCUGCAGCUGCAACCCCGGGGGCUCAGUCAGCGACCAGACACCCUGCGACCCCAUGACGGGUCAGUGCCCCUGCCUGCCUCACGUGACUGGGCGGGACUGCGGCCACUGCAGCCCGGGCUUCUUUGACCUCCAGCCCGGGAGGGGCUGCCGCAGCUGUCAGUGCCACCCGCUGGGCUCCCAGGAGGACCAGUGCCACCCCAGGACUGGGCAGUGCCCCUGCCGCCUGGGCGUAGUGGGCCAGGCCUGUGACAGAUGCCAGCUCGGGUUCUUUGGCUUCUCCAUCAAGGGCUGCCGGGCCUGCAGGUGCUCCCCGCUGGGCGCCACCUCGGCCCAGUGCCACGAGAACAGCACAUGCGUGUGCAGGCCCGGCUUCGUGGGCUACAAGUGUGACCGCUGCCAUGACAACUUCUUCCUCACGGCGGGCGGCACGCAGUGCCAGGAGUGCCCACUCUGCUACGGCCUGGUGAAGGAGGAGGCAGCCAAGCUGAAGGCCAGACUGACCCUGAUGGAGGGGUGGCUGCAGGGGUCUGACUGCAGCAGUCCCUGGGGACCACUAGACAUUCUGCAGGGAGAGGCCCCACGGGGGGACGCCUACCAGGGCCACCACCUGCUGCCAGGCGCCCGGGAAGCCUUCCUGGAGCAGAUGACGGGCCUCGAGGGUGCUGUGAAGGCCGCCCUGGAGCAGCUGCGGGUGCUGAGCAAGGGAGCCCACUGUGCCCAGGCCAGAGCCCAGAAGACCUGCGUCCAGCUGGCAGACCUGGAGGCAGCACUGGCGUCCUCAGAAGAGGAGAUUCUGCACGCGGCCACCGUUCUCAAGUCUCUGGUGAUUCCCCAGGAAGGGCCCGGCCAGCCCAGCCCCUGGAGCCAUCUGGCCGUGGAGGCCCGAGCCCUUGCCAGGAGCCACAGAGGCAGCGCCGCCAAGAUCGAAGCCGCCGCCCGCAGGGCCCUGCUCGCCUCCAACGCUAGCUACGCGCUUCUCCGGAGUCUGGUGGAGGGUGCGGUGGCCCUGGAGACUCAGCGGGAACUGGAGGACAGGUACCAGGAGGUCCAAGCGGCCCAGAAGGCACUGGGCACGGCUGUCGCAGAGGUGCUGCCCGAAGCUGAGAGGGCGCUGGCCGCCGUGCAGCAAGUCCGCGCAGCUGCCGCCCCGCGACUGGCCGCGCCGGCUGCCCCCGGAGCACCGUCUCAGGAGGCCGAGGACUUGGGCCGGAAGGCGAGGGCUUUGGAGAAGACAGCUGCAUCCAGGGAGCGCGUGGCCACUGAGGCCACCCGAGCCCUCCAGGACACAGCCCAGGAGGUGCUGCAGAAGGUGGAGCCCCUUGUACAGCUGAACCAGGAGGCCAGAGCCGCCCUGGCCCAGGCUUCCUCGUCUGUCCAGGCUGCCACAGUGACCGUCACGGGAGCCAGGACCCUGCUGGCUGACCUGGAAGGACUGAAGUUGCAGUUCCCUCGGCCCGAGGACCAGGCGGUGCUGCAGGGGAAGGCGGGCGUCGUCAGGGGCAGGCUCCUUGCGGACGCGAAGAAGAAGACCAAGCAGGCGGAGAGGAUGCUGGGCAACGCGGCUUCUCUCUCCUCCAGCGCCAAGAAGAAGGGCAGAGAAGCAGAGCUGUUGGCCAAGGGCAAUGCCAAGCUUGCCAAGGCCUUGCUGAGGGAGGGGAAGCAGGGGCAGCGCCGUGCCAGCCGGCUCGCCAGCCAGACGCAGGCCACGCUGCGACAGGCCUCCCGGACACAGGCCACGCUCCAACAGGCCUCCCGGCAGGUGCUGGCCUCCACGGUGCGCGGGCAGGAGCAGGAGGAGGCUGAGCAGGUGGGUGCCGGGCUGAGCGAGCUGGAGCGGCAGAUCCGGGAAUCGCGCGUCUCCCUGGAGAAGGACAUAGAGGCCUUGUCAGAGCUGCUUGCCAGGCUGGCGUCACUGGACACCCGUGGAGCCCCAGCCCGGACCCUGAACGAGACUCAGCAGGCACUGGAGCGCCUGAGGCUACAGCUGGGCUCGCCGGGGGCCCUGCAGGGGAAACUGAGGCUGCUGGAGCAGGAGUCUGAGCAGCAGGAGCUGCAGAUCCAGGGCUUCGAGAGUGACCUCGCCCAGAUCCGCGCCGACAAGCAGAACUUGGAGGCCAUUCUGCACAGCCUGCCCGAGCACUGUGCCAGCUGGCAGUGAGGGCUGCCCAGACCCCCGGUGCACACUCCCCCACCUGCUGUUUUCAUGGCCCAGGGCAUGCACACACACACCCCACACAGAUGUGCCCACUUACGCACACUCCAGAGCCGGCUGCUGUGGACUGUCCGUGUGAAUAGUCGUGCUCCCUGCUGAGUCUGCCUGCACCCUCCUCCCUGCCAGCAGGAGUGUGUGCGCACACCCCGUGCACUCGGGCAUCGGUGUACACUGCCACCCCUGCACAGGCAUAAACAUACACACCGUGUCAGCGCAUGUGUGCACAUGCACACAUGUGGGUGCACGUCUGUGUGUGAUGCACACACACGUUCAAGUCCAUCCAGGCAUGCACACAUGUUAGAGUGAGUCCACAGGUGUUGUCGAGAGCCAGCUAUGUGCCAGGCACCCUGCAGGGGCUGGGCAAGUUGUCAGAUACCCGGCAGGGCCAACAUACCCACUCUUGCCCCAGACAGCAGAGGGAUCUCAGCAGAUCUGCAGAAAUCGAGAGUGGGUUCAGCAGGAGCCAGAGUGCCGGGUCCCAGAGCUGUCCUCUGUGCCACCACACCACUGCCUACCUGUCACCCGGCAGGGGCACCGGGCUACACCCAGCAGCUCUGUGCAGCCAGGGAAUCAGCAGGCCAAGAUCCUGGGAGGGUUCUCAGCGGUGGAAUCUGGGCCCACGGCCCCCUGAGGCAUUGAUGGGGCUUGGAGCAAGGCCCACCUGGCAAGGUGCCACCGGCUCUACCAGCUGUUUCCCUCUCAGCACCCUGGGACUGCACCAGACAUACUGGAGGAAUCACCUGCCCCCGGCCCCACCCCCACUUUAGCCUGUGAUCUGUCCAAAGAGCCAGACCCUCAAGGGCUGGAGGAGGCCUGGGUCAUGGGGACUCAGACAGGCCACUGAGAGCACUCCUUUAUGUCUCCAGCAACCCAAUGGCCUUUGAUUGACACUUCUCUAACCGGCCCUGUGGCCCCACCUGCCAUGAGGGAGGCCACAGGAGUGUGGGUGCAUGGCUGCCAUUCCUGUCUGUCCUGCCUGGGGAACCCCCCUGUGGCCAGGCCCUCCCGUGGCCUCUGCCCAGGACUCCCUGGCAUUUCCUCCUGGCACUCCUCCCCUUUCCUGGGCCGCCUCCAGCACAUGGCAGGGCCUUGGCACUGGGAGGACGGGCCCCUCCCGUGGCUCCCCGGACAGGAAGGGGGGCAGUGCGGACCAGCUCUGUGUAAUGUGGGAAUAAAGGACCCUUCUUCUGAGCUGGGUGG